GCAUAGACUUCUCUGUGGAUAAACGCGUCGUUGAUACGAAGGAGCUGAUAGAGAUCUGCAGAAAGGCCAUCAAGUAUAGCGUGAAGACCAGUCAUCCGCGCUUCUGCAAUCAACUUUAUAGCGGUGUCGAUAUUUACGGUCUGGCUGGUACUUGGAUAUCCGAAGCUUUAAACACCAACCAACAUACAUACGAAGUAGCUCCGGUUUUCACACUCUCGGAAAUUGCUAUCCUCAAACACGUGCGAAAGCUUUUUGGCUUCGAAACCGGUGAUGGCAUAUUUGCGCCUGGUGGUAGCAUAUCCAAUAUGUACGGGUUGGUCUUAGCUAGACACCAGAGAUUCCCAGACAUCAAAACCAAAGGCAUUGCUUCAGUCCCCACUCUCGUCAUUUUAACAUCAGAAGAAUCUCAUUACUCUAUUCAGAAGACAGCGCACUGGUUAGGAUAUGGAACAGACAACGUAAUCAAAGUGAAGACGGAUAAAAAUGGGAAAAUAAUCCCGCAUGAUCUUGAGAUGCAGAUCGUCGAGUGUUCCAGAGCUGGUAAAAUUCCGAUUGCAGUGAACGCCACUGUGGGUACUACAGUUCUGGGAGCCAUCGAUCCUUUAGACGACGUAGCCGACAUCUGCAAGAAAUAUGGCAUCUGGAUGCACGUCGACGCUUGCUUCGGAGGUUCGUUGAUAUUUUCAGAAACUCACAGAAUCCGCUUAAAAGGCAUCGAAAGGAGCGAUUCUAUAGCUUGGAAUGCACAUAAAAUGUUGGGCGCUCCACUGCAAUGUGCAAUAUUUAUUACCAGACACGAGAAUUUGCUACAAGAGUGCAACACAACUUCUGCAAAUUAUUUAUUCCAACCCGACAAGUAUUACGACAACGCGUAUGAUACUGGAAAUAAAAGCAUCCAAUGCGGCAGAAAAGUGGACGCUUUCAAGCUGUGGGUGAUGUGGAAAGCUCGUGGAGACGAGGGCUUCAAGGAACGCGUCGAUCAUUUGAUGGAUUGCGCCAGGUAUUUCAAAGAAAGCAUUGAUGGGCGUGAAGGAUUCCGCUUGGUGCUCCAGCAGUUUGAGUCCUCGAACGUUUGUUUCUACUACAUUCCUAAGAGCAUGAGAGGUUUGGAGGAAGACAAGGAGUGGUGGGAUAGGUUGUAUUUGGUGGCACCGCGAAUGAAGAAGCUCAUGGUUUUCGAUGGCGCUGCUAUGAUCGGGUACAGUCCUCUCAAGACCAUGGGUAACUUCUGGAGGAUUAACUUCGGUUGCGAGCCACAACCGAGUUACAAAGAAAUGGAUACCAUUAUUGGUUUAUUCGAGAAGUACGGACAAGAUUUGGACUAAUGUCCUGCCAAAUCAGGAUUGGUGUAUUGCAAAGUUGCUAGAGAUAAUAAUCCUAGUAACAUAGAGCUUCCAGUUGCAUACGCCAAAACAUUCUGGUAGAAGUCCGAACAUUCGUCAUAACAUAUUCUAAAAAAAAUAUAUACUAAGUAAGUAUUUUUGAUAUUAGCCUUUAUAUCCUGUUACAAGUUCUGUAUUAAGAAAACCAGUAGGCCUGUCACUAAUUUAUCCGUGAAAGUAACCGUGCUGUACACUGAUCCUCCUUUAAAACCGUUUGUGCUAACG